UGCGCCUGAAUGGCAAAUGUAUAAGCCAAUGGACAUUUUAUUUUUUUCCGUAUGCUUUCUCAGAUUUCCAACGCUUAAAUCAAAAUAAAAAGAUUCCGGACAAAGCAGAAAAGCUCCACGUCGGUGCCUGAAUUGAAUUCAAGAAACAAAGCUUUUUCGUGUGCGCGUAGCUUUAGCACCACGAGUGCCAGAAAGUACCCGUCCGGGGUUUCCAGGACAUUACGUUACACUGCUGGCUUAUUACAGAGAUCGUGUCAGCUCAUCGGGAGUCCCGCAGCGGGACCCACUUGUCUCCUGCAUGAGAAUUCCCAUAAUUUUUCAUCUCGGACUCAUCCGGUGAUUAUUUCCGACCUUUCGUCUGUGAUUAUGACUAGCGAUGUGAACGCUGGUCUGAGCAGUGCUUGGAAUUGCGAGCCAAAGGUAAUCUUUUCAGCACCUGGACAGCUCCACGCCGUGGAAAACGUCCGUCGUACACAGGGAGUCCCCUAAACAGUGGGGAAAUCCUUUCUGAUCUAAAACAAUCCCGUUUUUUUCUUCCUUUUCUUCUUGUUCUUCUUCGUCUUCUUUUUUUAAUUUGCAUAAUGUCACUGACAAGCGAGUGCGAUUUAUGUAGAUGGUUGAUUGCAUCUUGGUAAAUAAUGACGCUUGUAUUUGCAAUUUCUUCUAUUCAUCACGCCCGGUUCUCUAAGCAACUAAAGGGUUGCUCGCCCACAGCAAGGCUGCCAACCCGAAGCUUGAAAUACACCGAAACAGAUCACCAACAAGGGAGACAUUGUCAUCGUCACGGGGGCACGGGAAGCAUAUGUACUCUUUGGACAAUGUAAUCACAGAAAGGUUCACUACAUGUGAUUUUUUUGGGACAAAUUCUAUUUGAGGGCUACAGCAAGGUUGGAAACUGUUGGAGUUACACCCCUCUUUACAUUUCUCAUCAUGACCAAUCCUCAUCCUGUUCAGGAGGCUGGAGUGUCAGAACUUGAAAUCAUUUCCCAGCAAAUAGAGGAGGAGAGUCAGCGUAUGGCUCCUGUUCAGCUUGUCAGCUUUGCCUACCGUGACUUACCCCUGGCAGCUCUUGACCUCUCCUUAGCAGGAUCACAGCUACUGUCUAACCUUGAUGAGGAAGAUCAAAGAGAAGGUUCAAACUGGUUGAAGCCAUGUUGUGGGCGACGGGCUGCAGUCUGGCAUGUGUUUCUGCUCAGCGCCGGAUUGAACUGUUUCCUGGUGGCUUGUGUACUUCUUGUUGUGGUGCUUCUAGCGCUGGAGCUUCUCAUAGACACAAAGCUACUGCAAUUUACCAAUGCAUUCCAGUUUGCAAGUAUUGUUCAUUGGAUUAGCCUAGUUAUCCUAUCAGUAUUUUUCACAGAGACAGUCUUCAGGAUUGUGGUGCUAGGCAUUUGGGAUUACAUAGAAAAUAAAGUGGAGGUUUUUGAUGGUGCUGUAAUCGUCCUCUCUUUAGCCCCAAUGGUGGCUUCUACUGUAGCAAAUGGACCCAGCAGCCCCUGGGAUGCCAUAAGUCUUAUCAUCACACUGCGCAUCUGGAGGGUGAAAAGAAUUAUUGAUGCAUAUGUUGUCCCUGUCAAAGUGGAAAUGGAGAUGGUAAUACAGCAGUAUGAAAAAGCUAAAGCAGUCCGAGAAGAGCAACUGGACCGACUAACACAGAUCUGCCAAGAGCAGGCGUUUGAAAUUAGACAACUCCGAGCCCAUCUAGCACAGCAAGAUCUGGAUCUUACUGCUGAGAGGGAAGCAGCUAUGCAGAUCCAGCAUGUCUGGAAUAAACAGAGCAGCAAAUUUGAAGUGGUGGACGGACUGGCAACAGGAGAGUCUGACGAUGAAGGAACUAAUGAUGCAAGAGAAACUCGACAACCACAAGAGCCUGUUGGUCGAGAUGACAUGAACAACUAUAUCAGCCAGUAUUACAGUGAACCGAGCAGUGAUAUGGCUGUUCCAGAGGUUGGUAUGCGUGUCAUAACAACAACUGCAAUUGAUGUUCAUCUACCCAGCAACCCACACAACAUUUCAUCUGACCUUCUGACUGUGGAGACUCCUGGGAAACUGGAGAGGAUGGGAAGCUCUGUUAGUGACACAUCAGGGACAGCUUCUCGAUCCACUGACAGCUCAACCACAAGGAACCAGAGUGUCAGCAGUCAGACAUUCGGCUCCUCGACAGACUGCAGCACAAAUCGUGAGAGCUCCUCAGACUACUGCCCUCUAGAGCGCAUGGUCAGUCAUUACAAUGAUGAGCUUGGUCCUCCUUCAGAACAGAAAGACACCAAUGCGGUGGUCCAGGAACUUCUCUCUUCCCUCUCGGAGGACUCCUGUUUAACCCAAAAGGGACUGGACCCAGUAAACCUUAAGCUACCUAGCCCUACAGGUUCAACCAAAGCAAGCCCAGUGCUAGAGCACAGAGUCAACAUUUACAACAAGAAGAAUCAGGAGAACCUAAGUGUACUCCAGUCUAAGCCGAUAAUUCACCUCCAAGGCAGUGAGUCUGCUUUGGAGGAGAAGUAUAGAUUUUUAGAGUCGGAUGAUGGAUCUCUUAAUCGGCUGUCAGAAACACAGUGAGGGCAGAGGAGCAACCACUUUGAGCCAGCAUGGAAAAAUCGUCAUUCCUCAAGAAUGUGAAAGGACACAGAUUCAUUCUGGUGGCCUAAAAGUGUGGAUUAGCAUUCCACAUAAGAGCAGCAGGGCCAGAAUCUGCGUCCAGCAAACUGGUUCCUUUUGACAACAGGAAACUAAUAAAGAAUUCCGCCAAUGAGAGACUGCACUCACAAUGUUAAAACACAAUCAAUAAUUCAACUGCUUUUCCAAUUUGUCUUUUGCUGGUUUUAUGUUUUUAACAAAGAAUUUGAAGAAUUAAAAAAAUAAAUAAAUCAUUGAAAUCUCAGAUCAGGCUACAGCAGGGUACAUUUGGUUGUACAAACUGUAUUCUCAGCACAUUUCUUACUUUAACCUUUCUAUAUUGAAGACAAUGGCAUUUUGUAUAUUAAAAG